AAAGUGCUGCCUGGCAGACUCAGCUCAGGGCGGCACUGCCCAAAUGCAGGCAGGAGAGACUUCCUGGUUGGCUCUGCUGGGGUUUUGUUGUCCCGCCGCCCGCAGAGCUUUCUGGACCUGGUAGAUAAGCAGGCCUGUCUCACGGCUCGGUCCUCGGCUGUUGGCCACACACACGGAUAUAACACGCCAACGAACACCUCGUCGAAACCGAGGCGGCGGCGGGAGCCGAAGCCGAGGCCGUGGAGAGCAGCUGUCCGGGGAUCAGUGAGGUUAGCUGGUCCUGAGCUAUCAGGCGGAGCCGCGGGGGGAGACUCUGACUCGCGGUUUGGUUUGGUUUUUAACUUCACAACCGUCCAAACUACGUGGAGACUUCAAGAAACUUUGGUAGACAAGACAGGAGAGUGCGAGUAUGUGGUUGGAGCCACGGGCGUUGUAGGAUGAAGAGCCCGGCGCACCGCACCAGGGACAUCGAGCGGCAAGCUGGCUACCUGAAGCCCGAGCACUGCGCCCCUCCACCGCCCCGCACCAACUCCGACACCAUGUGGUUCAUCCGCGACGGCUGCGGCAUCGUGUGCGGCAUCAUCACCUGGUUCCUGGUUUUCUAUGCCGAGUUUGUGGUGGUGUUCGUUAUGCUGCUGCCUGCCAAGAACUUGGCCUAUAGCCUCUUCAACGGGGUGCUCUUCAACGGCCUCGCCUUCCUCGCCCUCGCAUCUCACGCCAGGGCUAUGUGCACAGACCCGGGAGCCGUGCCUAAAGGGAACGCUACCAAAGAAUUCAUCGAAAGCCUGCAGCUCAAACCAGGACAGGUGGUGUACAAAUGUCCCAAGUGCUGCAGCAUCAAGCCUGACAGAGCUCACCACUGCAGUGUAUGUAAACGUUGCAUCAAGAAGAUGGACCACCACUGUCCCUGGGUGAACAACUGUGUCGGAGAGAACAACCAGAAAUACUUUGUGCUCUUCACAAUGUAUAUUGCACUAAUAUCCUUCCAUGCACUAGUAAUGGUGGCUUUCCAUUUUGUGCUCUGCUUUGAAGAAGACUGGACAAAAUGCAGUAACUUUUCUCCACCAGCAACCGUCAUCCUCCUCAUCCUCCUCUGCUUUGAGGGACUCCUGUUUUUAAUCUUCACUGCAGUCAUGUUUGGGACCCAGGUUCACUCCAUCUGUACCGAUGAGACGGGCAUUGAGCAGUUGAAAAAGGAGGAGAGACGAUGGGCCAAAAAGUCAAAAUGGAUGAACAUGAAAGUGGUGUUUGGCCAUCCGUUCUCUAUAGCCUGGCUGAGCCCGUUUGCAACGCCCGACCACGGCAAGGCAGAUGUGUAUCAGUACAUUGUGUGAAAGCUGGAGACUAAUCUGAGCUCUGCCGCUGUGGACUUAGACUGAUUGGUCCUGGUCCGGCCUCCUAUUGGCUGGACCUCACCGAGCAUGAACUUGUCUUAACCACUUACACAUUUUCUUUCAUUUAUGGAUGUUUCAUUUCUUGAAAUUUCAGGGUAUUCUGUUGUAAGCUAUUACACUGUUAGUUUUUUUUUUUAACAUCUUGUCACCUUCUUUACGUUUUAUAGUUUCCCUCUUGGUGCUGACUGAGAUUAAUGAGGUGUAGCUGUACAAAGAAAACAAACAAAAAUAUCUCAAACUAAGCAGUGACAACUUGACAAGAAGCACUUAUUAAGAUUUGGUGAAACGACACCAAGAGACUGAAUUCUUCCUCCUCUGGAGGGAAGUUUCCUGCAUCAUUUCCUGCUUCCAAGACUAAACAAUGUGAACUGAAGUCCAGAAUGUUUUCGUGCUAAGCAGUACAGUCCUGGUGCCAAGACGGUCACCUGGUACUGUCAUCCCGUAAACAUCGUUGUUGUGAUCCUGUCACCUCUUGUUUUGCUGUAUUUCUGUCGAAGCAAUAGUCUUUUGCUGGAUGCUGCGGAUGAUUUGCCUUAGUGCAUAAGUGAGCGGUGGUGGCAUCUGCUAUUUUUAAAGAAAUCUUUAUUGUUUUGCCUUAAUGUCACAGUCAGGGUGAGACAGGGUCCCACUGGUUAAUAUUAUUUUAAACGAGUUUGUUGUUGUUGUUCUUUGAUGCCAGAUAAGUGGAUUUGUUCAGGUCAUCUUAGGAAUGUAUUUCGAGAGUAAAUUUGAUCAGGUUUCCUUUUGAUAUACAUUGACUUCACUAAACACCACCUAUGUGGCACUCAAAGAAAGUUAGAACAAAGCACAUUUAAGAACAGUAUGAGAACGUUUUCUUUUGUUGUUCCGAAAGGCAGUUAGCCAAGUGUGGUCAAACGCUGUAAGACAGAGAGCUGCAUUAACCUGACAGUGGUCAGUUAAUGUUAUAAUCCUUAGGACUUCCCUCCUGGUUGCUUUGGUGACACCUGUGGUUACUGUUUUAUUUCAUGACAGUCUUAAGGAUUAUAACUUUAAAACCGAGACUUGGCAGGUGAAGAAAAUCUUUUUAAGUCCUUGAAGCAACGCUGCUUGUAAGAUAUUCACAGUGACACUUUAGUUUUAAAAUCCACCAGGCGGUUUGACCAGUGUCCUUUUGAUUAUUUGACGAGUCUGUGCAGUAAAUGUAGACGACCUCUUUGCUUGAUAACCAUCGCAGUCACCAGCUCAGAUGGAACGUCAGGGACUAAAGAAAUACACGAUGCUCUCUGAAUGCACUGACCCCAAGUGUAAUUCACUUGCUCUCAAUUGAUGGAAUUUGCUUAUGGAUAAUCCAGUUUGUCAUAGAUUGUAGUUGUGAGCCUGACUGAAGGGGAAAAGUGUUGAUUAAAAUUUAGGCCAGUGGAAAAUGUUCACUGAUGCCUGAAAGGCCAUGCUAGAAAUGCACAUUUUAAUUGUCACAGCAGCGGACAAUGCAAGGCCACCCAGUGUGAAGCUAAGGCUAGGUUUCAUUUGUGGUGAUGAGAAUUUGAUGCAGAUGCAUUUAACACUAAAAAGGCCUUUUGCCCAAAUGUGUUCGAAAGCCUUACUCUAGUAUAAAUCAUGCUUUUGAAGAGGAUGAAUGGAAUUAUUAGAACACAGCCUACAUGUUGCCAAACUGAAUGCUUAAUGAAUCGAGGCAGUGAAGUAACCAUUGAAAGAGCAGAGCAUUGUCCAGAAUGGAAUUUUCUUGGGCUUUUAAAAUCACUGGAGAUUUUAAAAACUGUAAAAACAUUACGUUAACGUGGAGAUGCAACAGCUGCAGUCCGGUUUACACAUACAGUUCACCAGCUUUCUUCUUUUUCUUGAAUUGUUCAACAUGUUCUGCGUGGUCAGGUAUCAAUACUAUUUGUAGUGCUUACUGUGGACCACAAUUUUUUUUUUCUUUUUGACUGUGGUAUUUGUUUAAAGGGGAAUGAAAUAAAACUUUAUGUAUGUGA